CUCGGAAGUAACUUGAAGUAGUUUGUAACUGGUGGAAAAAAGAUAUAUAUAUAUACUUGAACUUUUUUUUUUGUUACUUUGUAUCUCGAACAGUUAUCCAAGUUAUAGUCGAGCUUUUUUACACUGCGACAAUGUAUCUGGAACUUGUAUCGAUUUUUUGGAAUCGAUUAUCGCAACUUGUUCGAUUGUGAUGGUACGAGUGUCUUAUGGAGCUUUAAGCUCGGUUUCGUCAUAGUCAAUAGUGAUGCUAGAUGAAAAGCUUUUGCAAAGCAAGUUUUCGAAUCAACGUGUAAGCGCCUAUACGUACUUCAGCCUCGUCGGUAAUACGGUGGCCGAUAAAUAACCCGCAAUUGCGACUAACCACGUAAACUUGACUGUAAAUUGCGCAAAGUCCAAGAGAAAUAGAGAAUGACGCAAAGCUGGUGUAAAUGAUCGAGCGAUAUUUUCAAUUCUGCUCGAUUAACGAUCUAUAAUCGUUCCAAAUUAUACAUAUCGAAUCGAUUUGAAUUUUCUUUCUCGGAUCGAUUUAAAAGUCGUACCUGCGAUCAAUCGAUUGGCAAUCGAAUUAACUCAUCGGUUCGGCAAAAAGCCACAUGUUCAAUAAUGAAAGGAGAGAUUACAUAAGAUCGAGGCGAGCCCAUGAGAUAGAUGAGAUAAACAAAAUUUUUGUCCAGCAAAAAAAAUCGUGACGCAAAAAAAUCAAAAACUUUUUUUUUGUAAAACUUGGGUGUUAUUUUUUCAUAUCAAACGACGAAGAAAAGUAUGCAAAUUUUUUAUCUCGAUAAUACGUCUCACGGGGGAGAGUGAACGGGAGGACACAAAAGGACGAGAAAGCACAAAGAGUAAAGGUGCAAAAACGAAAAGCGAAAAAAAAAACGCAAAAAAAAAGACGGUCCCUUAAAUGAAAGUGUUCUACUAUGCUGAGACAUGACGCGUCGUCAUAUACAAGAGCGGGCCGGAAAGACUCGACGAAUCGGGUGAAGCUGGUGAACGUGGAGGAAGCGGAAGUGACGCCGAUAAAGAAACAGAGAUCGGGGAUCUCAGUGUCCAGGAGCUGGCUCGCCCUGAAGAGGAGGCCGUCGACGUCAUCAUCGUGGGAAGAAGGAGGACCGCAAGGGAGGUGACCAGCCACCCCACAUGGACGCCACCCUCAGGACACCGGCCAGACCCCCAACACCGGAUAUCCUCACGUCAUUAUCACGCCGCGGAACAUCCGACCUGAGACCUGACCUGGUCUGCUCGACGGGUCGUCAUCAGGGUUCAAAUAAGUCUCGAGGUGGUCGCGAGACGACCUCAGCGUUAUCAUCGUGCCUGAAAGCUCAUCACCAGGUGGCGCUGGUGGUGGUGGUGGUGGUGGUGGCGUGGGAGCGUCUCUUUUAUACCCCAAGAACAAUCAAAAGACGUAAUUUUUCUCUUCUCUCGUCCUCGGACCUGCUGGGGUACAGCCACUCGGGCACUGCCGGCAGUGCUUUGGGUACUCCAUAUCCUGGACUGGACUUGGUCUACGAAGGGACUAGUAAUUUUUUUACACCAAUUUUUACACCCCAGAGCCAAGACUCGUUUGAUGCAUCUUUUACGAGCUCUAUUAAGCCACGCGACAGACGACAAUCCUUGAGGGGGAGUCACUUGGGCCAUUCACAUAUCGACAGACCGUCCAUUAACGGGAGACCGGAAGUAGCGAGGAGAAACUUGGUAAAAUGUCGCGCAGUGCAGCUACACGUCCUAUGCAAGAGACAGAGAGGCGAAUUCGCGCCAACAACCGCGAGUACAACUCACAGUUUAAUUAUGCGAACAACUACAUCAAGACGUCCAAGUAUACGAUUCUGACGUUCCUGCCAUUAAAUCUGUUUGAGCAAUUUCAGCGAUUAGCUAAUUUCUACUUCCUAUGUCUGCUGGUGCUUCAGGUGAUACCUGCAAUAUCAUCCCUUACCCCUAUCACUACAGCCAUACCCCUUAUUGGGGUCCUUAUGCUCACUGCCGUCAAAGAUGCCUACGACGACUAUCAACGACACAGCAGCGACUCCCAAGUGAACAAUAGGAGAUCGCAGACCCUGCGUGGUACCAGUUUGCGAGAAGAAAAAUGGUCCCAGGUCCAGGUUGGCGACGUUAUCAGAAUGGAGAACGAUCAGUUCGUCGCUGCGGAUGUUCUUCUGUUGUCGACGAGCGAACCAAACGGCCUGUGUUACAUCGAGACGGCAGAAUUGGACGGAGAAACGAAUCUGAAAUGUCGUCAGUGCUUGAUAGAGACUGCCGAAAUGAUGGACAACCACGAGCUGAUUGGUCAGUUCGACGGAGAGAUCGUCUGCGAGACCCCAAACAAUUUGCUUAACAAGUUCGACGGUAUACUGACGUGGAAAGGACGGAAGUACCCGAUGGACAACGACAAAAUAAUCCUGAGAGGUUGCGUCCUCAGGAACACCCAAUGGUGCUAUGGCGUGGUGAUCUUUGCUGGCAAAGAUACCAAACUGAUGCAAAACUCAGGGAAGACCAAGUUCAAGAGGACCUCCAUAGAUAGGCUUCUCAAUCUUCUAAUCAUCGGGAUAGUGUUCUUUUUACUUUCAAUGUGUCUAUUCUGCAUGAUCGGCUGUGGCAUUUGGGAGAGUUUAGUGGGUCGUUACUUCCAAGUGUAUUUGCCCUGGGACUCGCUGGUGCCUAGUGAGCCACUUAGCGGCGCCACAGUGAUAGCAUUGCUCGUAUUUUUCUCGUACGCGAUUGUCCUGAACACGGUGGUGCCAAUCAGUUUAUACGUGAGUGUCGAGGUCAUUAGAUUUGUGCAGUCCUUCCUUAUUAAUUGGGACGAGGAGAUGUACUAUGCGCCUACCAAUACGCACGCCAAGGCCAGGACGACGACACUCAACGAGGAACUUGGUCAGAUCGAGUACAUCUUCUCGGACAAGACCGGAACCCUGACGCAGAAUAUAAUGACGUUUAACAAGUGUUCCAUCGCUGGGAAAUCGUACGGUGACGUCAUCGACGAAGUCACCGGCGAAGUUAUUGACCUAAGCGAGACGGACAAGGCUGCGCAGACCCCGAUGAUGAGAUGGAAGAAUGGGCAGGAAUUUGUCCGUCAGGUUUACACGCCGAUUAGCGGGGCGAACGCACGUCUCCUGGAGCAAGCUGACAGAUUGUCUAACACCACGCCGGAACCAGGACUUAUCGAGGCACCGAAAAUUCCAUCUGGAUCUUCAACCGUGCCGCCCUUGGAUUUUUCUUUCAACAAGGACUACGAGCCGGAAUUCAAGUUCUACGACACGAAUCUGUUAGAGGCCGUCAAAAGGAACGAUAAAGACGUCCACAGCUUUUUCAGGCUGCUCGCGCUCUGUCACACGGUGAUGCCCGAAGAGAAAAGUGGAAAAUUGGAGUAUCAGGCACAGUCACCGGACGAGGCGGCGCUGGUGUCGGCUGCAAGGAACUUUGGAUUCGUUUUCAAGGAAAGAUCACCGAACAGCAUCACGAUCGAGGUCAUGGGAAAGCGCGAGGUCUACGAGCUUCUCUGUAUCCUGGACUUCAACAACGUCCGAAAGCGGAUGUCCGUCAUCCUCAGGAGGGAAGGUCAGUUAAGGCUUUACUGUAAGGGCGCCGACAACGUCAUCUACGAACGUCUUAAGAAAGGCAGCGAGGACAUCAAAGCAAAGACACAGGAGCAUCUCAACAAAUUCGCCGGCGAAGGUCUGAGGACUCUGUGCCUCUCAGUCAGGGACUUGGAUGAGAGUUUCUUCAACAACUGGAAGCAGCGUCACCAGGAGGCAGCACUGAGCCCAGAUAAUAGGGACGACAAGCUCGAUGCUAUUUAUGAAGAAAUUGAGAAAGGCAUGACGCUACUUGGUGUCACCGCCAUCGAGGACAAGCUGCAAGAUGGCGUUCCUCAGACCAUAGCCAAUCUAGGCCUUGCUGGUAUCAAGGUCUGGGUAUUGACCGGAGACAAGCAAGAGACUGCAAUCAAUAUUGGAUAUUCCUGCCAACUCUUGACGGACGAUCUUACCGAUGUAUUCAUUGUCGACGCCACUACCUACGACGGCGUCGAGACCCAACUCACUCGAUAUCUUGAGACUAUUAAAACAGCUUCGAAUCAUCAGAACAGACCUACUCUCUCCAUCGUCACAUUCAGGUGGGAUAAGGAAAGCAGUGAUACAGAGUACAAUCCUAGCAGAGACGAGCCGGAUGAACACGAGUUAGAGCAGAUAACAGGUUUUGCUGUGGUCAUCAAUGGACAUUCACUAGUUCACGCAUUGCAUCCGCAACUGGAACAACUAUUUAUGGAUGUCUCUAGUCAAUGCAAAUCCGUGAUAUGCUGUCGCGUGACGCCGUUACAAAAGGCAAUGGUCGUUGAGAUGAUAAAAAAGAGUAAAGAAGCCGUGACAUUGGCAAUUGGUGAUGGCGCUAAUGACGUAUCGAUGAUCAAGGCUGCCCACAUUGGAGUAGGAAUCAGUGGACAAGAGGGUCUACAGGCUGUUCUGGCCUCUGAUUAUUCGAUAGGACAAUUUAGGUUCCUAGAAAGGCUACUACUGGUCCAUGGUAGAUGGUCGUAUUACAGAAUGUGUAAAUUCCUUAGAUACUUUUUUUACAAGAACUUUGCCUUCACCCUCUGUCACAUAUGGUUCGCCUUCUUCUGUGGGUUCAGCGCGCAGACCGUCUUCGAUCCGAUGUACAUCUCGGUCUACAAUUUAUUUUACACUUCACUGCCGGUCCUCGCAAUUGGCAUAUUUGAUCAGGAUGUCAAUGACAAGAACAGCUUGAUGUAUCCAAAGCUCUAUACACCAGGUCAUCAGAAUUUACUUUUCAACAAAAAAGAAUUCUGCUGGAGCGCUCUUCACGGUUUCUUUGCCAGCUGUGUAUUGUUUUUGGUACCAUACGGUACGUACAAGGACGGUGUUUCGCCAAAAGGCUAUGUACUCUCGGAUCAUAUGUUACUGGGCAGCGUAGUAGCAACGAUAUUAGUCAUCGUGGUGACAGUUCAAAUAGCCCUGGACACUUCCUACUGGACGAUCUUCAAUCACAUAAUGGUUUGGGGCUCUCUCAUCUGGUAUUUCAUUUUGGAUUACUUCUAUAAUUUUGUCAUAGGCGGAAGUUACGCCGGAAGUCUAACAAUGGCCAUGUCCGAAGCCACCUUUUGGUUCACCACAGUGAUCACAUGUAUAAUCCUGGUGAUACCAGUUCUCUCCUGGCGCUUCUUCUUCAUCGACGUAAGACCCACUCUGUCAGACAGAGUGAGAUUGAAACAGAGACUGGCCCAAUUGCGCUCACGACAGAGCCAGGACAUACUACGUACACCAUCCACAAGGCGCACAAGACGCUCGUUACGAUCCGGAUACGCGUUCGCUCACCAGGAAGGUUUUGGAAGACUCAUCACAUCCGGAAAGAUAAUGCGGAAGCUGCCAAACGGCUCUGACUUUAAAUUCGCCAUGCCGUUCACGAACAACGUUUCGAAACAGGUGAAUGUCGCUACGACGUCACCGAAGGAAAGCGCCUCAAGGAACACAAACACCCUGGAUACCAUAAAUCUGUAAGUUCCUCAUUGAUAACUUGAUACUUGAUUCACAAUCGUCAACAAGCGAAACCGGCUAACGAGUGCGCAGCAUCACGACUAAAGCUACAACAACCCAAUCAAGAUUUCCCAACGCAUACGUCACAUGGCGUCAAGCCACUCCUCAUCAUCGAGUGACUGUUUGACCUUGCUCUCAAAAUUGUCUCUCUUCACUCAUCCUUCAAUCUCGCUUUUUUUAAUCUUUCGCGCAGGAGAAUCCAAUCGCGCUAGUUUAUUUUGCACUUUGUACUUUUUAUAUGUCGUAACACCCACACGUUUGAGUUCAUCCCUUUUUUCCUUUCCCUUCUUCUUUUUCUAAAAUACUUUGCGCUACUGGUUAAUGCGAACGAAGGACGAAGAAAGAGAAAUAAUACAAAGAGCGAGAGAGAGCACUCGCCAAAAUCUCCCACGCAAAACUUGAAGGAAUCUGAUGUGAAUAUUUGCCAUGUACCAAUGGGAUCUUUCGGUCAUUUGUAAUUGCUGAUAACGAGAUGAAGAUUAAAUAUACCGAGGAGAUAAUACAGUGGCGACUCAUA